UUGGAGGCGCUGAGAGCGCGUGAAGCGUGCGCGUGCUGGCGGAAAGGGGGGAAGCUCGCCCUGGGCAACACGCUCGCGCGGACGGGAAGUGUGUGUCUGUGUGUAUAAUGGCUGCCAGAAACAGCCAAGAAACGAAACAAGUGAAUUUGGGAUAAACCUGACGAAGCUGAGGAAGAGGAUGGUGAGCAGGCAAGCCAAGUACGAGCUGAUUCAAGAGGUGGGCCGAGGCAGCUAUGGUGUGGUGUAUGAGGCUGUGGUGCAGCGGACAGGAGCGCGUGUCGCCAUCAAGAAAAUUCGCUGCCACUCGCCUGAGAAUGUGGAGCUAGCUCUGCGUGAGUUCUGGGCCCUCAGCAGCAUCCAAAGCCAGCACCCUAAUGUGAUCCACCUGAAGGAAUGUGUGCUCCAGACAGGCGGACUGGCUCAGAAGAUGAACCACGGCUCCGGCUCUUCUUCAUACCUGGAGUUGGUGGAAACGUCCCUGAAGGGUGAGCUGGCGUUUGAUGGGCGCCGUUCCCGCUACCUGUGGUUUGUGAUGGAUUUCUGUGAUGGUGGCGACCUGAACGCGUACCUGCUCUCGCGCAAACCGAGCCGCCGCACCAACGCCAGCUUCAUGCUACAGCUGGGCAGUGCGCUGGCCUUCCUGCACCGCAAUCGCAUCAUCCACCGGGACCUGAAACCCGACAACAUCUUGAUCUCGCAGGGUCCAGCCGAGCCCACGCUUAAGGUGGCUGACUUUGGCCUGAGCAAGGUUUGCUCAGCAUCAGGCUUGGACCCAGAUGAACCGGCGAGUGUUGAACGCUGCUUCCUGUCCACAGCAUGUGGCACUGACUUCUACAUGGCGCCUGAAGCACGCGAGGGCUGCUACACGGCCAAGGCGGACAUCUUUGCGCUGGGCGUGAUCAUCUGGGCGAUGGUGGAGCGCCUCACGUUUGUAGAGGCUGGCACACAGCGCGAGCUGCUGGGCAGCUAUGUGCGCCACGGCGAGGUCAUCGUGCCGCUUGGCGAGGCGCUGCUCGAGAACCCCAACAUGGAGCUGCUAAUCCCAGCACGGAUGAAAAGCAUGAGUGCCGGAAUGAAGCGGCUCAUCAGGGAGAUGUUAGCGGCCGACCCACGGCAGCGGCCCGACGCCUUCGAGCUCGAGCUCAGGCUGGUCCGUAUCGCCUCCAGGGAGCUGGACUGGGACACGUGAGGAGUGUCCAUAGAAAAUGUGAAUAGAAAAUGUUUUUUUAUAUUCCUUUUUCCAUUUAACCAAGCAGAAUGAACAUGCAAAUAAUUGCAGGUGUUAAUACUUGUCCUCCUCUGUUCACAGGUACAAGUGAACAAUGUUUUAUGAGGUAUACUGGGCUUUCAGAUGAACAAGCAUUUUAUAUAUGCUGUGCUUGGUGUGCAUUGCCUCCAGAGAGAUGGCACUGGCACAUGUAAGGAGGUGCACAGAAAACCUCUUUUUUUCCUCUUUAUCUGUAUACCAUCAAACCAAACGAAUACAUAAUUCCUGCCUUUUUCUUUACUUUUGCCCCACGUACACACAAGUGGGCAUUACUAUAACGUUGACCGGCUUACUAGAUUAAGUAAAUGAUACCAUACUUGUAUGGUAAAUAUACCAUACAGAUUGUUUAUAUGGUAAGUCUGUAUAUGGCUGUGACAAGCACAUAGGAAUUGUGGAUCUAGCUUUAUGCCACACUGUGUGUCUCUGGAAUACAGCUGCUGAUCCACAUCUUUUUUUUUUCUAUUGUUUCUGGACUAAGCCUACACACAGAUCUGACUUUUUGACCUCGAGCUAAUUAUACCAGCACCCUCACAGAGCACACAGCAGUUUAAUUGGGCGUAUCGCACACUGCUUUGCAAAACAAACCGAUGACAGGUUUUCCCCUGGUGCUUCCAGCUUUUGUAGGGAACAUUGAUUUCAUCCACUUUGACAGACUGAAUUUAGCUCUCCAGAAUUUUGCCUGCCUUGCCCUUGGUGCUAAUGUAACCUCUGAUGCAAUGCAAACCCAAACACAGGAAACGCAUCCAACUCCUGUACAUUCAACGUUAAACUGGUGUCUGCUGAUGGAUCAAUAUCUUCACUGUAUCAGUUUCUCAGGAUUAUACAAUUUGUAUAUUAUCUUAAACAUUACUCACGUUUUCCUACACAAUGUCUCACAGUGUGAAUUGCAAGAAUACUGUAGGUGGAGUUUUGCAGGCAGAGGAAGUACAUGUGUCUGACAUGUCGUCGCAGAGCAGGAAAAAAAAAAAAGAUAGAAGCUGAUUUCUCAUCCAGCUUUGAUCCACAGAAAGAACGUGUGCCAUAAAUAAAUGGAAAACCAUAGUAGGGGUCAGCUAUUUAUUUAAGCCUUUGCUUCCUGAAUAAUGUUUAGAGAUGUUCUGACCUUGGCACCCAGCCCAACGAUUAACAUUUGCAGUGUGAGUAAUGUAUUUCAGGACGAGUGAUGUUCCUAGCUCUUCCAUUUAUUCACCCCGGUCCAAGUUUUUUAAUUCCAGCUGAGCUUGCCAGUGACCGAGAACUGACUCAAACAUCGACAGAUUUAUGUUUUCCCUCUCCUCUCUAAAUGUACAAUUUUUUUAGAUGUGUGUGAUACGUCAAUCUGUUUAUUCAAGGAAUAGAAAAAAAAAAGGAAACAAAGAAUUAAAACAUUCAUCGAGAAUGUUGGCUGCUUUGCAUUUAACCAUUGCCAUUACUUGAAUUUGCAAACUUGAAAGUCAAUGUCAGACAGAAAUGCUGCUGUUCAGCUGGAUUGAACUGACAUUCCUACGCAACAGCACUUAUCCCCUGUGACUUCACAUAUCUUUUCAGCACGUUGAACAGUGCAGCCUCUUCAUGUGUCCUGUCUGAAUUUAAGUAUGUAUAUUUGUAAGCAUGCAUCUUGCCUUCAGGGUGACAGUCAGUUAACACCAGCACCCACACUUGUACACUGUGUGGAAACUAUUUAUAAAGCCCUGAAUGCCACUGCGAGCAGAACAUUUUGAUGCACCUCACACUCUCGUUUUUCCUUCGCCGUAAUCCCCUCUCGUCAGGCGAACACUAAGCCUGUUAAAUUGUCAUAACAAAGAACAAAGGCUUUGAAAAUGGAUUGAAAAUGCCAUUCAAGUCAGCAUUUUGUACUGAGACAAAGGAGUCCUCAGAUCUCACUGCAGCAAUUGCUGUUUCCCUGCUGCAAAGUUACAAAAUUAAGUAUUAAUAUUUAAUACUGUUUGAAGCUGAUAUUCAGGGUACCCUUUCUAGUGGUGUACUUAUUUCGAAACCAGCAAACAUUUAGUCCUGGGAUCACGUCUUAAACAUCCACUUUAACACCAGAAUGCAUAAUUCCCUCCCCAAAGUGGUACCAGUUGUUUUGGAUCACCAGAAUACUGUUUAAGGCUACGUUCACGUUACAAGGUUGAAGUGACACAAAUCUGAUUUUCUGUUUUUCAGGACUGUAUGGACAAAAAAUCAGAUCUUUUCAAAUCACACCUGAGCCACUUUUGUAUGUGGUCCAAGGUCGAAUACAUGUCCCACAAUUGGCCAUGCGGCAUAAAAUGAGAAUGGCCAGAUUGGAAUUCCUGUUAAUUUUUUCCAGUGGACUUUAAUGUGCACACGCAUAUCAUCGUCCUCGCGGCAUUGCAGCAGCGGGCGUCAGCAUCUGGGGAAUCAGUUCAAACAAAACACGAUGAAGUUCACAUUAAAGACAAAAUUGGAUCAGAUCCGAUCUGAGCAAAAAUUGGAAUUGUGCAGUGAAGCUUUUAAUGUGAACGUAGCCUAAUUUGCCUUUUUCAUUGACCAGACUUAUGCCUUAUUUUAAAAAUCCUGUUGCCUCUGUAAGCACAUUGUUUAUUCUUUUAAGACAACAAUUGCCUUGACUCUGUUUUUUUUUUUUUUUUUUAUUAAAUUUUUUUUUUUUAAGAAAUAAUUAAUUUAAACUGUACUUUUAAACAGACGCAUACUUUUUGCUUUUAUGGCCCUUCUUUCAGUGUGAUGGCCUUUGUUUGUGUUGUAAUUUAUCAGUGUUAUUUAUCUUGGUGACUACAAAUUGGUCUUCUAUCCCCAUAAAUGCUUAAGUGUAUAGCAGUUGUGAAUGGAACUGUUAAAUAAGCCACCAUCAACCUCUAAGAGUGUUAACUAGCAGGUAAUAGGGCAUGUUUAAAAUGUUUUACAACCUGUAUUCACGGUGGCCACUUUUACACUUUUUGUUCCCUUAAAUUCUAAUUUGGGAAAAUAAGGAUUUCAUUUUCAUGGAUUGGGCAGAUCUUUGGUGCACAAGCUCCAAGGGAUGCAUACGUCAUAGCUCAACAAGGUGUUACUCAAAUCAGAUAUUUCAGCAACCUCUGAGAAAAAUAUUUCGUUUGGCUAAAACAGCAGUCUUUAAGUUGGCAAUCAAUUUUGCUUUCCCAGCUAACAGUUGGAAUGACUUUACUUCCUUCCCCUCACUCUGGACUGUUCUACAAUAGGCCUUAAGCGGAAGUGAUUUCUUUGUUGCCCCUUCAUUUGCAUCUUCAGUUUAUUUCUUUGCACUUGUAGAUACUGUAAAUGGACGGCACACACAAAGUCAGAAAGAAGAUCUCUAAGUCCAGUCUCUAAACUGUGGUGUUUUUAAUGAAUGAUGACAGACAGUACUGAAUGUGUAAAUCUGUCAAGUUUAGGCUGUAGGAUCUUUGAUUUAUUUUUGGACGUUGUCAAAUAUGUAUGAUGAUUGAUUGGUUACAGCCUCUGUAUGUGCUUAUGAUGUGAGCAGUUUUAAAUUCCACUUUUCUUUGGUCCUACCAUUAUUUAAAAAAAAAAAAAAUCUUAUACAGGGAACACAGGGAUCACGUAUAAAAAACCAAUCAGCUACCUCUAUAGCAUUUAAAGCAGGGGUGUCGAACUCAUUUUAACUAACGGGCCAUGUUAUAUUUAUUCAAGUGGGUCAGACCAAAAAAAAAAAAAAAAAAUCUAUUUAGUAGACCAAGAAUGCAUCAGCACCUCCUCUUAAAUGUGUUUAUUUAUUGCCAUUUAUCUGAAAGGUACAUUUUGAAUUCACAAACAGGAUGAAUGUAUCACUUACAAAAUAAUUUUGUCCAAAUUAUGGUUUAUAUACAUGUUAUGGCACAGAUAUACACAAAAUAGCAUGGGGGGAAAAUUGAUAUGCAAAUUUACAAAUAAAAAAGUUUCUUUUUUGGUUACAGUGUAAAAUUUUUAGCUUGUUUUUAAAAAAAUUAACACAUUUUGUCAGUAGCCAAGUUUAUGGCUUAGUUUAUUGCUCUGUUUUUAAGUAAAAUAAGACACACUUUUUUCUAAUCUUUCAAUUGAUUUACACUAAAAAUUAAAAUGAAAUUUCGAACUGUCAUUGGGCUGGUCUCAACCCGUGGGCCGUAUGUUUGACACCCCUGAUCUAAAGGCUUGCGUCACUACCAAGGUUAAGCCCAAGCUGGAUUACAACCAUUUGGUGGUCAAAUGCAUUCAUUCAUUAACGCUGCCUUUAUCGACCAACUUUAGGUGCUAAAAGUGUGAGACACUGGCAGAGUAUGUCCUCCAUAUUAUGCCAAAAGCACUAAAAUCAGGAAAAGCACCAUCGAUGCUGUGCAAGAGGCGGCCCAAGCUCUCUCCAUCCAUGUUCAUAUUCGUACAUGAGCGUCCUCUACCAUGUAGAAAUGAGAGUAAAUGGACAGAAAAUGAAAGGGUGUAAAGUGAAAGCAGGCCACAACACACUUUGGUAGUUUCCCUGUUCAGGCAGAAACAUACUUUCAUUAGUGGACAGUUUGAUUCAAGCUGAAGUAAUUCAUAUAUAAAGAAUGAUACAUAAGGCUUGUAAAUUCAGAUGAACUGAUUGAUGUACAGGAGAAAGUCACUUCCUUCACUGUGCCCUGCUCACACAAUCACACCUAACACAUCUUGUCUAAUUGUUUGCUUGAAUUCAACAAAAAGAAAUGUAUCAAUAAACUGGUGUACUUUGUGGCUUGUUUUUAACUAACCAUUUUUUUUGUUGUUGUUGUACAGUAUUUUUAUGAGAUUUGAGAUUUACAAGAGGCUGUAAAUGUGUAAUUUAUUGUUGGGAUUGGCUUUAUAAAUAAAAAAAUGGACUUGA